AGCUGGGAAGGAGGGAGGGAAGAGGAGAAUGUAGAAAAGCUGAUACCUGGCCAAAGGCGCACUGCUUGGAAAUCCCUUGCAAUUAACUUUCCUGCCCCCUUUAUUCUCCUGGCAUGUGACCCCCAGGACAGCUAGUGCACAUGGGACCAUCUCACCUGCCAGUGGAGGAGAUGCAUUUCUCUCUCAUUCUCCCAUCAAUAUGGUCAGUUAGCACCCACUGUCUGUCUUUCCUCCCUUUUCCUGGACCUCCUGGUUACGGCAAGACAGAUUCCUACGCAAAGGACCACGUGGCAAGGACCUUUGCAUUUCCUUCAGUUAUUGGGUGAGCCAUGUCUGGUGGGUAGAGUCCUAGGUCUGGGCGAAGUGUGACUGUUCCCUGCCCUGCCACUUAGUGCACCUGGGAAGAGAGACAGGUAGUCCACCGUCAGUGGUCCUUCAGAGCUGCUUCCUUGGCCCACAUUUUUAUCCAAUGGAUGCAACCUGAGUUUCUGCCUAAACUUUGCACUCAGAAGGCCUGUUGUGUCAGACAAUUUGUUCUUCAGAUAUAGCAGCAGCUGGAUAAAAGGGAGUUGGCUUGCAUGCCAAUAUGCUGCUCUUGUCCUAGGCUCUACAUGUGGGAAGUGUAGAGAACUCUUCCUGAGCUUCUCCUCAGGGAUCUAUUUUUUCUAGCACCCAUUGUGUCUUUACAGCACAGGAUGGCCUGGCCUAACAAUGCUCCCUCCCCAUUACCUUUCCUCCCCUUUCCUCCCCAUGGUGAUCUGACUUCUCUUUUGGGAGUCUUUUCCUCCAGCAGCUCCUUCCCACAGCAUUGUAUACUGAAUCACAGCUGGCAAGCAGGGCGUGCUGCCCCAGCCCUGGGAAGGGAGAGUUUCUUCAGGCUGGCUGUAGUCACUGAAAAGGUUGUGCUGAGCUCUUUCAGCUCCCAGAGGCUCAAGAGGCAGCCAUGUGGAAGCUGAGCAAGACUGACAUCCUGGUGAUCUUGGCAAUUCAGGUUGCAGUUCUCCUCUGUUUCACUUUUCAGCUUCACCACAUGCCUCAGGAAAAGCUGACUCAGAAGCAUAUCCUCAUCCUCUCCUCUUGGAGAUCUGGAUCUUCCUUUGUGGGGCAACUCUUCAGUCAGCACCCCAAUGUCUUCUACCUGAUGGAGCCAGCCUGGCACGUUUGGACAGCCAUGUACCAAAACAGUGCCACGGUCUUGCACAUGGCAGUGCGGGACCUUGUCCAGUCAGUCUUCAAGUGUGACAUGUCCGUCUUUGAUGCCUAUAUGAAGGAGCACAGGAAUAAGUCUGCGCUGUUUCAGUGGGAGACCAGCCGGGCUUUGUGCUCUCCCCCUGCAUGUGAUUUUUUCCAGCGCAGUGACAUCAUCCCCAAACAUUCCUGCAAGACACUCUGUGGGAAUUAUCCAUUCAGCAAAGUGGAAGAGGCCUGCAAGACAUACAGCCAUGUUGUCUUGAAGGAAGUCCGUUUCUUUGACCUCAGGGUGCUUUAUCCUCUCUUCAUUGACCCCUCCCUGAACCUCAGAAUUAUCCACCUGGUCCGCGAUCCCAGGGCUGUCUUUCAUUCCCGUGAGAAUGCAGCAAAUGAACUUGCCCGUGACACAAAGAUUGUGGUGAGGCAUAAGAACAAUAUGAAGGACAUGAAACCCUAUGCCAUCAUGAAGGCAAUUUGCAAAAGUCACAUUGAUAUAUACAUGCAGGUCAAGCAAUCUCUCAAAGAUCGCUAUCUCUUGGUUCGCUAUGAGGAUAUUGUUAAGACUCCCUUGGCAAGUGCUGCUCAGCUGUAUCAGUUUGCAGGGCUUCAUUUCCUUCCCAGCCUUCAGUCCUGGGUGCACAACAUCACACAUGGCCAAGGCCUUGGCACCAAAGUCUUUGACACCGACUCCAGGGAUGCAAUGAAUGUGUCACGGGCUUGGAGAAAGACGCUUUCUUAUUUCCAAACAGCAACAGUACAAAACAUCUGCAAGGAUGCUAUGAAACUUUUGGGCUACCAGCCUGCUAGAUCUGAGGAUGAACUAAAGAACAUGGCAUUUGACCUCUUGUAUGCAGAGGAAUCACUGGCCAAGUAGAAUAUAAAAACCGCCUGCCCAGGUCCCAGCAGCUCAAGAAGCCACAACUAGACUGCCCCAGGUGGCUGGAACCUGUGCAGACAACCCCUACAUGAGAGGAUGAGGGAGCACCUGGCAUUUGCCCUGUGAGAAAUGUUGGAGCAGCUAGCAAGUAAGGAAAAGCAACUCAAACCCUCCUGGUACCGCUGUGCUUCUCGUUACUUGUCCCAUCAGUCCACAAUCUGCAGUGGUUGACAGCUGGAAUGUUUCCCAUGGACGUGGAUCUGCUCACUUGGCCUGCAUCCAGUCCCUGACUCAAAUG